UUCAGAUCAUAAAAUUCAAAUAUAUCAACACUCUCCUGCUCGAAAGAAUGGCUUCUACUCCAAGUUGGAAGCUUAUUUUUGUUGCAAUGCUAGUGUUGGAGGUGUGGGCGUCUCAAGCCACAGCGCGUUCAUUGCAAGAUGCAUCCAUGGUUGAAAAACACGAGCAAUGGAUGGCACAAUAUGGACGCUUAUACAAGGAUAGUGCGGAGAAGGCAAUGCGAUACAAAAUAUUCAAGGAGAAUGUGGAGUACAUCGAGACUUUUAACAAAGCAGAAACUCGAUCUUACAAGCUUGGCAUCAAUCAAUUUGCUGAUUUGACGAACAAGGAGUUCCAGGCAUCUCGUAAUGGGUACAAAGUGUCCUCUUACCAAAAGUCACUUAAGGCGUCGUCAUUUAGGUAUGAAAAUGUGACUGCAGUUCCAUCGAGCAUGGACUGGAGAAAGAAGGGAGCUGUUACUGGUGUUAAGGACCAAGGCCAAUGUGGAUGCUGCUGGGCAUUCUCAGCUGUUGCAGCCACAGAAGGCAUCAACCAACUUUCUACAGCGAAAUUGAUUUCAUUAUCCGAACAAGAACUCGUGGAUUGUGACACGAGUCAAGAUAUGGGCUGCAACGGAGGUCUAAUGGACAAUGCGUUCAAAUUCAUCAUCAACAAUCAUGGACUUACAACUGAAUCUAAUUACCCAUAUGCCGGAACAGAUGGGACAUGCAACAGCAAGAAGGAAUCCUCCAAUGCUGCAAAAAUUACAGGAUACGAGGAUGUUCCAGCCAAUAGCGAGUCAGCAUUGCUUAAAUCUGUGGCCAAGCAACCCGUAUCUGUUGCCAUUGAUGCUAGUGGAUCCGACUUCCAGUUCUACUCCAGUGGAGUCUUCACUGGAGAAUGCGGGACUGAUCUAGACCACGGCGUUACAGCAGUAGGUUAUGGAACAGCCAGUGAUGGUACCAAGUAUUGGUUAGUUAAGAAUUCAUGGGGAACAAGCUGGGGUGAGAAUGGAUACAUUAGAAUGCAGAGGGACAUUGAUGCUGAGGAAGGCCUUUGCGGCAUAGCCAUGCAAGCUUCAUAUCCAACUGCCUAAAACAUCAAGAUUUCGUCGUUUCUCCUUGUGUAUUGAAGGUUGUAAAAAUACCUAAUCAUGCUUCGUAAAUACAAAUUUUACUGUCAAUUAAAUACAAAAUCGAUAGUCAAUAUAGGCUAUCGUUGCUAGUGAUUGGCAUAAUCACAUCAAGUAUCUCAGUCAAAAGUUAAAUCCUACAUGUACAUAAAAAUGUGCUUUCAAGAAACUCCG